AUGAAUGGUAGCCCAUCACUCAAUGAGGGAGGUUAUGACUACAAGUUCGUAGAAGAACCUGCAGACUCUCUCAAGUGUCUCAUCUGUCUGCUAGUAGUUAGGGAGCCACAACAACAUGGCGGCUGUGGGAAGCUAUUCUGUAAGAGCUGUAUUGACAAGCACACACUCCUAAGAAAUACCUGCUGUCCACACUGCAGGCAGCCAUUAAAUAACUCAAAUGGCUUUCCAACCAUCUUCAAUGAUUUCAGAAGUAAGUGGUAUAGAUCAAAGCUUUCCCGAUGCCCGGACUGUGGUGCAAAUAACCAGUACAAAAACCACCAAGUUCAUACUAAAUUACAUUGCCCCAAGCGAUUGCAUUCUUGUGUUCAUUGUGGUGAAAACGGCUGCUUUGAUGAGCGUACUUCUACACAUUUGGAGGUUUGUCCCAAGAUGAAAAUUGCCUGUAAAAAGUGCACACAACGUAUCCUGCGCUGCCAGCUGCCAACUCAUCCAAAAGAAUGCAAGUUUGAACCAGUGCCCUGUAAAUAUGCUGCAGUCGGGUGCAAAGUUCGGCCUCUACGCAAAGACCUCAAGAAGCAUGAGGAAGACUACCAACUUCACCUCCAAGUUACCACAGAAACAGUGCUUGAGCUAAAGAAAAUGCUUCCCAAACCAGUUGCCCCAGUUGCAGUUGCCCCGGUUACAGUUUCCCCAGUUACAGUUUCCCCAGUUACAUGCAGAGUUGUAGAUUUUGACAAGCGCAAAACAGGCAAUGAUGUAAUCUACAAGCAGUCCUUCGUUCUACACUUCCACAAAUGGGUACAAAAUGUGCUUAAGAAUAGAUGCCAACGGUAAUGGC